AUGAAUGGGUUCGAACUCUCCAUUCCCGACGGGGCACGCGACUGCCAGCCCAUCGAUGUGUCACAAGACCCGAUUCACAGUGGGUUCGGGAGGUCCUGUCUGCGGUUCGUUCGCUCCCUCAUCGCCAACCAGGGAUGCGUCUUGGGGCCCCGUGAGCAAGUGAAUCAAGUGACGGCAUAUUUGGAUGGUUCCUCAGUGUACGGGUCUAGAUCCCAGCUGGCACGGGACUUGAGGCUGCGUAGCGGUGGCCAGCUGAACCGGACGGCCGCUCGAGAAAGGGGGCGUGGACACCUCUUGCCCGUGACGGAGUGCGAGGGGGGUGAGGGCGGGGCUACAGGAGGGGAAUGUUUCAUGGCAGGUGAUGUGCGGGUCAACGAACAACCUGCUCUGACCUCCAUGCACACGCUGUGGGUUCGGGCGCAUAACACGCUGGCAACACAGCUCUCCGUGGUGAACCCACAGUGGGAUGAUAACAUGCUUUACGAGGAAACAAGACGGAUCAUCGGUGCCCUAAUCCAGCAAAUUACCUACCGAGACUUCCUGCCUGUCAUCCUAGGAGAGACCGCGAUGCAGGACUUCAAACUGUAUCCUUUAAGUACAGGAUAUACUGAUGACUACGAGCCUACUCUGGACGCCUCUGUUGUGAAUGUUUUCGGCGCGGCAGCUUAUAGAUUCGGCCACACUCUCAUUGGCGAUGUCCUGCCAGGCGACGGGGCCGACCUGCGCCUUGAGGACAGUUUCUUCAAGCCUGAACAGCUCUUCGAGGACCAGACGAGGCCCUCAGCGUUACUCGAGGGCCUCGUGAAUACCAACGCUCAGCCCUACGACACGUAUCUCGUUCCGGCGCUGAUCAACAGCCUCUUCAAAGGCCCUCAUGAUCCGGUCGGGUUGGAUCUGCUGGCUCUUAAUAUACAGCGAGGGCGUGACCACGGGCUUCCUGCCUAUCCGGAAUGGCGGAAAAGAUGCAAUCUGACAUCCCUUAACUCCGCCGAUGACCUGCCUUCACUCCUGUCCCAAAUCCGCGGCGCAAACUUUUCGAAAACUGUACCGAGAUGGAGCACAGACGACAUCGACCUGUUUCCCGCUGGUCUGGCCGAGCAGCCUGUACCCGACGGCCUGCUCGGUCCUACCUUCACCUGCAUCAUCGCCCACCAGUUCGCCAGACUCAAGCGAGGAGACCGAUUCUGGUUCGAAAAUCCUAACCAGCCUAAACCUUUUACUGAAGAUCAGCUGAAUUCCCUUCGAUCCGUAGGCCUAGCUUCGAUUCUCUGCCAAAACACCAUGAUUGAGGACAUUCAACCCAAUCCUUUUCUAAACACAAACUCACCAGGGAACCAACGUAGACUCUGCGUUUCUUUUCCUACCCUUAACACAGAAUUUUGGAAAGACACAAGCACUAUGGUAACUACAACAGACAUCACGCCAGGGAAGUGCCAGGGAGUAGGAGAGUGGUACAGCCUUCCAGGGAUCGACAGAUGGUGUACCGACAACUGUUUCCACACUAUGCCUUUCUGUCCAUCCACACACUGUAGAUGUUCAUAAUGUAAGAGUGGCGUCCGACACGGCAGCAAAGAUUAUACAGGAAAGAUAGGAAAGCUCCCAUUCUUACUGAUAUGAAAAAUG